AUGCCGUCCCGGCCCCGCAGGACCUUCAUGCGCGAUGCCGAGGCCAUCGCCUGCAGCCGGCGCAUGAACAGCCUGACCCUGAACCGGCACACGGAGAUCCUGGAGAUCCUGGAGAUCCCGCAGCUCAUGGACACCUGUGUCCGUAAUGGCUACUACGAGGAGGCGCUGGAGCUCACGGCCUACGUGCGCAGGCUGGAGAGGAAGCACAGCAGCAUCCCCGUUAUCCAGGGCAUCGUGGAGGAGGUGCGCCAGUCAGCCCAGCUGAUGCUGAACCAGCUCAUCCAGCAGCUGCGCACCAACAUCCCUCUGCCCGCCUGCCUGCGCGUCAUCGGCUUCCUGCGCCGCAUGGACGUGCUCACCGAGGCCGAGCUGCGCGUCAAGUUCCUGCAGGCGCGGGACGCCUGGCUGCGCUCCAUCCAGGCCUCCAUCCCCGACCACGACCCCUACGUGCACAUCACCAAGACCAUCGAGGCCUGCCGCGUGCACCUGUUCGACAUCGUCACCCAGUACCGCGCCAUCUUCUCUGACGAGGAGCCGCUGGUGCCGGCCGAGGCGCCCGGCGAGGGGGCCAUCUUCCACGGCUGGGUGCUGCAGAAGGUCUCCGAGUUCCUGCGGACGCUGCAGCGCGACCUGGAGCACGGGGUGGGCGGCCGGCUGGACUCGCUGCUGGGGCAGUGCAUGUACUUCGGGCUGUCCUUCAGCAGGGUGGGCGUGGAUUUCCGUGGGCAGCUGGCCCCCCUCUUCCAGCGCGUGGCUGCCGAGGCCUUCAGGAAGGCGGUGGAGGAGGCGGUGGAGAAAUUCCGGGAGGAGAUGAAUUCCUACACGCUGAUCUCGGCGCCAGCCGUGCUGGGGGGCGGUGCAGGAGUGCCGGUGCCCACAGCCCAGCCUGGCACGCUGCAGCCCCCCAUGGUGCUGCUGGAUUUCCCACCCCUUGCCUGUUUCCUCAAUGGGCUCCUCGUUGCUUUCAAUGACCUGCGGCUCUGCUGCCCCAUCGCCCUGGCACAGGACGUCACAGCCUGCCUGGACAGUGCCCUUGGUGAGGUGACCAAAACCAUCCUGGCCUUCCACCGUGCUGAGGAGGCGGCUUUCAGCGGGCGGGAGCAGGAGCUCUUUACCCAGUUUUGCACAGCCUUCCUGGAGGACCUGCUGCCCUACCUGAACCGCUGCCUCCAGGUGCUUUUCCCUCCAGCACAGAUCGCACAGGCACUGGGUGAGAUCUCGGGUUUGGUUUUCGUUGCAGGGGGUUUCCCUUCUCCCUGGCACUGA